AUGUCCAUUAGAUAUACAAAAGCUUCGAAUAGUUUACAGCUCAAUUCGAGUUCAACACCAACCACAAAUAAUAUGGCAAAACCAUCUCAAACUGACAUAGAACAAAUGAUUCAGCGAGCACGACCUACAAAUCGGGAUUUGGUUCGCCGAGAUAUUAAUCAAGUAAUUAAUUCAUCAUCAACUUUAAUGUUGAAAAUUGCUCCAUACUACUAUACUAGUGGAAUAUCAAAAGAUUUACUUUGUUUAUAUGGAACUGUACCAUGUCAAUAUAGAGGAAAUCGAUAUAAUAUUCCUAUUGAAAUUUGGUUUCAACAAGAUCAUCCAAUUGUUCCACCAUUAGCUUAUGUUAAACCAACAUCAGAUAUGUUUGUUUCAACAGCAAGUAGAGAUGUUCAAUCUGAUGGAACUAUUAUUAUACCAUAUCUUAGAAAUUGGCGUCAUCCACAUAGUGAUUUAUAUACUUUAUUAAAUGCAAUGUCUGAAGCAUUUAGUCAAUCACCUCCAGUAUAUUCAAAUGUGAAUAUAACUAGUCGUUCAACACCAUAUCCAACAAGUGCAUCAUCAAUGCCAACACCAAUUGGAAUGCCAAUGACUAAUAGUGGAAAUUCAUCAUAUUCAUAUCCAUAUGGAUAUCCACAAACACAAAUUCCUCAAGAUAUUUAUCGAGAUUCUGUUCAAACAGCUGUUUUAGAUAAAAAAAAAGAAUUCAAUCAUACAUUAAUGAUGCACAACAACAAUUUAUUAUAUUAUCUUGCUGAUGGACUUAAAAGAAAAUCUAUUGGAUUAGAUACUUAUUUAAAACAUGUUAGAGAACUUUCUCGAAAACAAUUUAUUUUAAGAGCUACUAUGCGCAAAUGUCGACAAAUUGCUGGCUUACCUUUGAAAUAA